AUUAUCACCUGGCUAUCUCCUUCCAUCUAUUGCCUUCCUGUGUUUUCUACCCGCCUUAUCUUUUCCCCCCGAAUGGAAAUAAACCAGAAGCGAGAGGAAGAGGAUGAUGAUGAGAUGGAAUGGCGUCGAGAUGGGGUGAAACGGGAUUCAAAUGAUUUUUCAAACUACUGCCGACAGAGGAGCUUAUCUUCUGAUGCAACGAUCAUGUCUCGACAGUUUUUUGUCUAUCUGAUAUUCCAUGUUUUAAUCGAUAAUGUUAUUGCUAGAGCGCCAUUCACACGUGAUCGCCCAAGAGGACUUGGUCUUCUCCAGCUGCCAACUGGAAUGACUGAUGAACGUUCUGGUCCAUUCUUCCCUGGCCUAUACAUAGCAGGAGAUAAAGCUGGCCAGAAGCCGCAGACGGUCCCUGAUGUGAGUCUUCCUGGACAGACGGCUUCGUUCACUGGACGAUCCGCAUUCAACCCGUUUACUCACAUGGUUUCCGCUGUCUACACUGAAGAUCUCGUCGACGCCUGGGGUGCUGGAUUCGCGGUUAAUGGAGUCAACAAUCAUGGAUUGAACGUUCGUAAAAAUUUCGACGCAUUUGCGGAUGCUCCAUUGAGCAGCAGCGACGGAAUGUAUCAGCCUUUUUUGUCGGCGGCGUCGAUUGGUUCUGAGUAUGAUUUUUCAAAGAUUAGGGAAGUGUCUGGAAACUUCAAUUUGCCGAUUCCCGGGGUCAAUGAGUUGUUUGAUUUUGAUGGAAGGUUUAUGGUUAAGGGAGGAGGAAACGGUAUCCUCAACAGUGCCAUGGAGUUCCCAUUGACCCUUUCGGAUCCGAAUGAACGUGCUCCAUACACAUUCAAAUACUUAAAUUACAUGGCGGAUCGUCAUAUGCACUAUGGUCAUGUCGUUCCAAAUGUCAACUUGUUCGUUGUUGGAAAAGAUAAGAUUAUGGAAAGGCUUAUGCAGAAUAGAUUGAAUCCAACGAUGGUGGGAUGAUGGGUCAGCAGUUAAUAAUACAUUAAUGAAUUAAAAUAUUAAUAAUUAAUAAAAAUUUAUUUUUGCAAA